GAGCGGGGGAAGGGCGUUGGUUCGGCUUCGGCGAAUCGGAACCCGGAGGCUGCAUCGCAGGAUGGCGGAGCUGCUGCUGCGGCUGCUGCAUCCAACGAUCAGGAUCAGUCCAAGCACAACGCCGCCCCUUUACGACACCGUCUCGAUCAGAGCCUGUAUGUGAUGGUUACGCCGCCGCCCAACGGCAACGGCAAUAUCAACGGCAUCAGCAGCAACAACAACGGCAGCAACCAGAAGGUGGGUCAGCUGGGGACCUUCGAUCACGUGGCGAAGAUCGGGGGGCAGCAGGUGAAUCAUCAUCAUCAGCAUCAGCAGCAGCGAUCCAACGGCGGGGAUUUUCAGAUGAGUAAUGGGGAUCAUCACGACGUGGACAGGGACAUGAGGGAGCUGAGGGAGCUGUUCUCUAAGCUCAACCCCAUGGCUGAGGAGUUUGUGCCUCCUUCACUUGCUAACGGUCAUGGACUUAAUGCUGGCUUUGUUAACAUGGCACUAAUGAUGCAAAAUGGCAACAGAAAUGGACAAGUUAAUGGCUUUGGUGCUGGUCGACGGAGAAACAAUCAAGGGAAACGGAGAAUCAACAGCAGGACAAGUCUAGCGCAGCGAGAAGAUAGAAUUCGAAGGACUGUGUAUGUGUCUGACAUUGAUCAACAGGUCACUGAGGAACAGCUUGCAGCUCUCUUUGUUACUUGUGGGCAGGUUGUUGACUGCCGAAUUUGCGGUGACCCUAAUUCUGUUCUCCGUUUUGCCUUUAUAGAGUUCACUGACGAAGAUGGUGCACGAGCUGCUUUGAGUCUGGCUGGGACAAUGCUUGGAUUCUACCCUGUUAGGGUGUUGCCCUCUAAGACAGCUAUUGCACCUGUUAACCCUACAUUCUUGCCUCGGACUGAAGAUGAACGUGAGAUGUGUGCACGAACUAUCUAUUGUACAAAUAUUGACAAAAAGGUUGCCCAAGCUGAUGUCAAACUCUUUUUUGAAUCUGUCUGUGGAGAGGUUUAUCGUCUGAGGCUACUAGGGGACUAUCACCACUCUACUCGCAUUGCCUUUGUUGAGUUUGUGAUGGCUGAAAGUGCAAUUGCUGCUCUCAACUGUAGUGGUGUGGUUUUGGGAUCAUUGCCAAUCAGGGUAAGUCCAUCAAAGACACCUGUUCGUCCACGCUCUCCUCGCCUUCCCAUACAUUGAGUCAUCUUUGGCAUCCCAGACUGAUUUACGGUUCCGGUUGGAAAUAUAUUUAAAUACACAUACAACUUAUGUAAAGAUGUUCUCCGUGCCUCUGGUCGUUCUGCUUUUAUCUAUACUUUUCCUCGGCCUUCAUAGCCUUGGAUCUUUUGAUCUCUUUUUAGAGUUUAUUAUGAUGUUCUGGAAUAUAGAGUUGGACAAAAACCUUGAGGCUUAAAAGAUGAAUUCCAUGUAUUAUUGUUCAUUUUGGUUUGGUCUUUCUCUUAAGACUAAACGCUGCAAAGUAGUUUCUGACAUAUAUUAAAGACCCUUUUAACAGCCUUCUGUAAGUUAAUGGAAAUCGUCCUUUUGGUUAA